AUGAAGCCUGAACUGAUUGUUGUCAAUGAAGACAUUAAGUACGAAGUUAUAGAAAUUGAUAACUGUCUAAUUGGUGUAGACAUUGCAGAUGAAGUCAGUUUAGAGGAAGAGAUACAUGAUGAUACUCAGGAGCUUAUCCAUGAUCCCAAAAAUGACAAGUGGCACAAAUUCCUAUUAGAAAUGGAGUCGUUCAUAUCAAACACCUCUUUAAUAUUAAAUGAGAAUAAUCUGAUAAAGGAAGCAAAGAAAAUAGCCCGGAAGAUGGGGAUAAAGAAUUUAACAAAGUGUAAAUCAUUGGUAUUAGACAUUCUUGAAAAAUGUGACAAUAGACUGAAGACUAAGUUAGAUACUUUAGAUGUGGAUUGUGCAGCAGUAAGAAGAUCUGCACGCCAGAAAGCUAGACGAGCAAAUCAUAGAAAAAAGAAGGCCAAAAGUGUUAAGGAUGAGGAGACCUUGCCAUCAGUUCAUAGCAAUUCAUUGCGAAGGUCAUACACUGCAAAUAAAAAACUAGAUAUAAUAAAAUUUGCUGAAGAAAUGGGUGGAAAUCGAGCAGCAAGCAGGCAGUUCAAUAUACCAGAGGGUUGUGUCCGACAAUGGAGAAAAAUGAAGACAAGUUUAGAGAGAGCAACUGGAACUAAAACUGCUUUCCGAGGCCGUUGCAGGAGAUGGGCUGCAGUCGAUGAUAAAUUGAUGGAGCUAAUUGAUCGAAAAGGAAGAGAUUCACAAGAUCUCUGCAAACAAUGGAUUUUUAAACAGGCAGAAGACCUUGCAAAGGAAUUGAAAUUUGAGAAAUUCAAAGCAACUUCUACUUGGUAUAGUGCAUUUCUCCAUCGAAAUAAUCUGACAAUUACAAAUCGCUCUAAAGUUGAAUGUAGAAAAAAUUACACCACAGAAUUUAAAUUACAGGUUGUGAAGUUUGCAGAGGAGAGAGGGGGAAACCAUGCAGCAAGCAGACAUUUUGGUAUCACAGAAUCUAAUGUUCGUCAAUGGAGAAAGAAAAAAUCAGAGUUAGAGAAAGAAGAUUAUGUACCUUAUAAACCAGCGGGGUUAAAGGAACAGUGGCCUGAACUGGAAGAGAGAUUGAGGAAUUUUAUAAUUGAACGCCAAGAUGUAAAGUAUAGUGAUGAGUUACGUAAGGCUAAUGUUAUCUUUCAAGCUAAAAAGUUUGCCAGCGAAAUGAAUAUUACUAAUUUUACUGGCAGUUUGAGUUGGUACUUCAACUUUGUGAGGCGAAAAAACUUGAAAGGAUUCAUGACAAAAAGAGCUGAUUAUGCCCGAGCAUCCUAUACAACACAGUUUAAAUUGGAAGUGGUGAAAUAUGUAGACGAGUAUGGAUUCAAAGCAGCAGUGGAGAAAUAUGGUAUCAAUAGAUCCAGUGUGGGUAUAUGGCAGAAAACACGUCAAGUUCUGGAAAAAACAGAUGGAAAUAGGAAAUCAUUGAGAUGUUGUUUUAAUGGAAAAUAUGUAGACUUAGAAGACAAACUGAGUAAAUAUGCUCUCGAACAUGAAUCUGAGUGCUGUGGGGUGACUGAACAUCAACUACGUUCCAAGGCCAGGAUAAUAGCACAGGAAUUAAAAUUGAAAGAUUUUCGAGAAAGUAAUGGAUGGUUUUUUCGCUUUUUGAAACGUAAAGGGAUCAAGCUUAGUGAUGCUACAAACAAUGACUCUGAUGAAGUUCUAUAUCAUAAUGAAAAUGGGUAUGUUUGUGGAAUUUGUUGUAAAGUAUUUGAGAAACAAUAUCAUUAUAGGAUACAUAUUGCUAUACAUAUUGAGGGUACAAAAAAUCUAUGUCAUAUUUGUGGAAAAACCUAUGAUAAACCUUAA